CUUGGCACCAAGUCACAUGGUGUUUUACCUAACCGAGGCAGUCGUAGGCAGCUGCAGCUUCUAGCUACAUUCCAAGAUUUCUUUACUGUUCUGUCCAAGCGAUAACGCUUGGUAGCUUGCAGAUAAUUAUGCCAUGGGUCUUUAGAUGGUUAAACUGCGACCCAUCAGUGCGCAAUGUGAGUCCACCCUCUAAACCCAACAACGCAUCUCCAGCUACUACUGAACUGGGACUAAAGUUAUUGUACGCGGGAAUUGACCCGCAAAUCGAUAUCGUUGCAGUCCAUGGAGCGAAUGCACAUCGCGUGAAGUCAUGGACUGCUACGAACGGGGUUAAUUGGCUUCGUGAUCUAUUGCCGCUUGAUCUUCCGCAGACCAUGAUAUAUACAUGGGGCUAUGAUUCGAAUGGGGGUCACUCGUUGGAAGAUAUAUCCAAGGACCUCAUUCGUGAUUUACAGGAAAACAGGGCUGUAGCAAGUAUACGCGGACGUCCGAUCAUAUUCAUUGCGCAUAGCCUGGGCGGUUUAAUAGUCAAAAAUGCUUUGCUCUACUCCGCCUCAGCCCAGGAUGGUCCCGAGGAGUAUAACGCUAUUAGACAGGCGACAUACGGAGUAUUAUUCGCGGGGACACUCGAGCUAGGUCCCAGCACGAGUGGAUUAGAGGCUCUCGUGGCGAGUAGUUGUAAUUCUGGGAUCUCCCAAACGGCCCCGAGGGAUCCAAUCUUCCAGGAAGCAUAUUUCACACUCACGUUAUUAAGGGAAUAUGCCCGAAUCAGCGGGGAUUUUAAAACUGUAUACGUUAGUGAAACGGUUCAGGUUGCAUCGUCUCAAAAUUCCCAGUUAGAUGCAAGUGUCUACAUCAUUUCUGUUUCAAAAAUUUUUUGGUUUGAUUGCUAAUAUUGCAUCCAACAGACAAGUGUAGCGGAAUCGUUGACUAAACUGGAGAGCGCAAAUGCAGCUUCCAUUUCGAUUAAUGCCAGUCAUGGAAAUAUGAUAAAGUUCGGUUCAUCAUCGGACGACGGAUAUUUGAAAUUUAAAGACCUUCUUACCGUUAUGGCGAGGGAUGCUGGAGAAAAGCUUCGCUUAGGGACGAAAUAGGAUGCCCUCCAUAUCCAUAUCCAUUCCCACAUGAUCUUGACCCAAGAUAGAAUGUGUUUUUUGCAAUGUCAACGACGACCAAGCAUAAUGUCCCUUACUCCCGCCAAAAAAUAAUACCUUUCUCGUAAAGCCCAGUAAUUAUCCCAACUCCACGAUCUACAUCUCGCAUAGCCGUCGUGCUCGAGCCAAACUCCCUUUUUGUCACAUAUACAUUCUUCAGACCGGAAUCAAGCGUCCACUCAGCCACCCAGCUCGGAGAAGCGCCUAUCAAGCAAUUGCCCAGAUUGCGCGCAUCAUUGUUUAUACACUUGUUUCGACUUUUGAUGACCUUCUCUAGGGACGGUGGAUGAGGAUGUCCCGCGAUUAACAGUGUACCUCUCUUGUCCGUGGACAGAUUAUCCGGCAUAAACGGUACAUUGAUCACACAGAAUUCUCGAAGGGAGCGGUCAGGUUGGAUGUUGUAUAACCUGACGCUAGAGGUGCUGGUUGAGGCCACUGCAAGUGUGGACGCAUUUAGAAGGGUGACGCCAUUUGCGAAUGGGACGUGAGCCACAGGCCGGACUGAUGGUGAGGAAUCGGAAUCGGAAUCUCCAGCUGAGAGAUUCACGUAGACAAGAGCGCCCCAGGGAAUUCCGGCGUACGUUUCUACCUUGGCCAGCCACGGGUUCUCCCUCGCGAGGUAAUAGUGGUCAUUGCUAACGUACAACUCGUGGUCGCUAAGGGCGGCAAUGGCAUUUGGCGACCUGAGGAAUGGGCUAAUGAUUGUCCUUGUAUGCUUUGCAACUGGCUGAGUAGUGGAGGAGUCGAGGUCUAACGAGAAUAUCUCUAGUCGUGAGCCGUCAUAGUGAUGAUUGCAAACAAAAAGGGUAGAGCUAGGUCGGUGGUACUCAACGCCGAGAGGAUGGAACUCCUUCCCCCCAGGAAAAUCAAGCAGUUUAAUCGGCGUAAGUUCCUCAGAUGAUCCAGAGAGUCGAC